AUGUCGGGCGAGGGGCGGCUGGGCCACGGCAAUGGCGGUGGCGGUGGCGGCGACAGUGCUGAUGGCGGCGGUGCGGGGCAGGCCGGGCCGGCGGCCUCUCCGCCACAUCCUGCCCUCGGCGGCUCGGCGCGGCCUCGGCGCUCCUCUCGGAGGCCCCCUCCCCGCCUCUCCCGGCCCUUCUCCGGCCCCGGGGCUCAGCUCCAGUCAGCGCCCAGCAGCCAGGCGCCGCGUUGUAGCCCCGCCUUUCCCAUUGAUGGCGGCAGCCGCCGGGCCGCCUCCCUCCGGCCCGCUCCCCCCAGCGGGGAGGCGCCACGGCGCGGAGUGACAGCGGCGGCUGCGGCGCACCGGGCGGGCGGGCGAGCGGGCGGCGGUGCGUGGGCCGGCCGGCCGCCCUCCUCCGCGGCCGCUCCUCGGCGAGGAGCCGGGCCCUCCGCGGCCCCCUGCCCCGGCCCGGACAGCGGAGUCGCCGCCGCUAGGAAGCCGUGCGAGGAGGAGGAGGAGGAGAUGGGGGCGGCGGCCGGCGGCGGGGACCCCUGGAAGGAGUGCGCGGAGGCGGCGGUGCAGCUGGCGCUCCGCGCCGGACAGAUUAUUAGGAAAGCUCUAACAGAGGAAAAACAAGUGUCCACAAAGACAUCUGCUGCAGAUCUUGUAACAGAAACUGAUCAUUUUGUGGCAAGUUGAAUUAUUUCUGUUCUGAAAGAGAAAUUUCCUUCCCACAGGUUUAUUGCAGAAGAGUCCACUGCUGCUGGUUCAAAAUGUGUCCUCACUGACAGUCCGACCUGGAUUAUUGAUCCUGUUGAUGGAACGUGCAACUUUGUGCACAGAUUUCCGACAGUGGCAGUGAGCAUUGGAUUUGCUGUUAACAAAGAGUUAGACUUUUCAAACAUGGAAUCUGCAGAGAAACACUUCCAUGCUUUUCUGAAAAUCUGCCUGGAAGCUGUUGAAUUACUGGAAGCAACUGCCUACAUUGCAGAUAUCUCGAAGGCCUUAAUUUUAACAGAAAUUGGUCCAAAACGUGACCCUGCGACUUUGAAAUUGUUCCUUGGAAACAUUGAGAGAUUGCUCAAGGCCCAAGCACACGGGGUCCGUGUGAUCGGGAGCUCAACCCUGGCCCUGUGCCAUUUGGCGUCCGGUGCUGCAGACGCCUAUUACCAGUUUGGGUUACACUGCUGGGACUUGGCAGCAGCCACUGUCAUUAUUAGAGAGGCAGGUGGCACCGUGAUAGACACUUCAGGGGGACCGCUGGAUCUGAUGUCCUGCCGAGUGAUUGCUGCGGGCACCAGAGAGAUGGCUGUGUUCACAGCUCAGGAAUUACAAACCAUUCACUACAGACGGGAUGAUGAAAACUAA